AUGGCCAAAACCGCGGCCACCACACAACGCACACGGAGCAAGCGAACCCUCAUCCAUCCACGAGGCGGCACAAAACUUCCUGCCAUCCCGCCAUCAAUGGGACACGGAGCCCAAAUCGGCGCAGUCACACGCGGUGCAUCACACCCGCAGGAAAAUAGUCUCGGGGUCCGCGCCCCUCUCUCCCCUCCUCAUGGCCACGGAAGAAGACAACAGCCGCCACACGCAACUGCCAGCAUGCACUACAAAAGGUGCAUCCAAAUCCACUGCAAUGUGCAUCUUGUGUGUGUGUGGUUGUGUGUGCCUGCAGCAACACAAAGCAAAGAAGUGGAAAAGAGGGAGCAGAGUAUGCGGAGGGACGCACAAAAAUGUACAGCGGGGAUGCAUAACGGAAACAACAACAAGAAGACCGCUCAAACUCAUGACUGCACUGCAGCCCAUGCAGCGGCAAUUCACACAAUAUUUACUGAAAACAAAAAACGUCCCCUUCGUCUUAUGUAA